AUGCUUCCGGUCUCCGUAGGGAACUUCUCCAUAUCUCUUAUAGAUUUUGAUGCCAAUGAUUGCAACAUCAAAGGCAAGAUUCCAAAUGAAGUUGGAAACUUAAGCAACUUAUUAGACCUUGAUCUUUCUGAUAAUAACUUGAUUGGAUCAAUUCCUACAUCAAUUCACAACUUGAGAAACCUUCAGCGCCUGUACUUGAACAACAACAAGCUUACAGGAUUUAUUGGAGAUAAUUUAUGUAAAUUGCAACAUUUGGGAGAUAUUUACUUGGGUCAAAAUCAACUUUCAGGAGCACUUCCUAAUUGUUUAGGGAAUGUUACGUCCCUUAGGUUCUUACAUCUUGAUUCCAAUAAAUUGAGUUCCAAUAUACCACCAAGCUUGGGGAAUCUUAGAGAUCUAGUGGAGCUUAACUUAUCAUCAAACAACAUGGUUGGUUCUUUACCUCUGGAAAUUGGAAAUCUAAAGGCUGCAAUAUAUAUGGAUCUGUCAAUGAAUCAAUUCACAAAUGGAAUUCCUAGAGAAAUUGGAGGAUUGCAAAAUCUGGUGCAUCUUUCUUUGAGACACAACAAGUUGCAAGGAUCUAUACCUGACUCAGUGAGCAACAUGGUAGGUUUGGAAUUCCUAGACAUUUCUCAUAAUAAUAUAUCAGGAACCAUUCCUAUGUCUAUGGAGAAACUUCAAUACCUCAAGUAUUUCAAUGUUUCUGUCAACAAGCUGUACAGUGAAAUACCCUCGGGGGGUCCUUUCAAGAACCUCUCGAGUCAAUUUUUCAUCGACAAUGAAGCAUUGUGUGAAACAACUCGAUGCAUGAGAUAUGGAGAAGGCUCUCAUCCAAGGGUUGUAAAUCGUAAUGCAGGCAAACUACCUCCACGUAAACAUCAAUGA